CCGUAACGAGACCGUAACGCCGUCAUCCGGCGCCUGAGUUUUUGUACCUUCCACCACGACGGCUGAUACCCACAUGCCAUCUCCAACCCCCUCUGCUUCUGCUCAUCGUCGUCGACCCCAGCGUGCAUGAAUACAUACUAAUAGCCUAAUCUACACCAGCUCGUCUUUAUAACGGCUGCGCUUAUAUCAUGUCCGUCGAGAAUCGGCCUGCGCAUUCAGGCUGGCCUGUCACUCCUUCUCCUCUUUCGUCUCCAUCUACCUCUCUCUCCUCUUCUUUUUCUUCAUCCGCAGCCUCUGACAUGCUGCCCCAGGACUCCAGCCAGUCAGACUUUCAUUCAUCGGAUCACUCGGCUCUUGCACCAAAACAUCCUCAUGUCCACAACCUGGCCUUUGCUUCCCCUCGUCCCCGUUCAUCCUCUCUGGCCGUUCUCAUGGGUCAGAAUAUCAGUCGGUCGCCUUCUCCGUCCCAGCAAAAUUCCUCUUCUUCCCAGCUCGCUUCCAAGGGGAUCGCUGCUGCCGCCGCUACAGGCAGUCGUUUAAAGCGCGCGUUUGGCGCAAGACGCAAGAACAAGUCCGAGGAUACUUCCAAGCUUUUUUGCGGAAAUAGUAAGGGAAAGGAGAGAGAUUAUUACACUGAUUCCGAUGUCACUACUCCUGUAUCGUCGACAUCCAGAACGCCAGUGACCCCCGUCGAGGCGACUCCACCGCCAACCCCUGGACACAGGCCGGCUAAGCUCUCCCUGCAGCUUGCAACUCAUGUUUUUAAUGGCGGUAGGAAGAAUUCACGGACUCCGCCCCCCAUUACACCCUUAUCUUCUCUUCCCCCUCCCCCUCCACCAAAGCCGCCUGCAAUGCAAGGAUUGAAACUCGUGCCACCUUCACCCGCCCGCAAUCUCGAUCAGAGGGGCUCCAUAAUCACUGUCAGCCCGGGUAUAUCUUCGGCAGUUAAUUAUAUGCGGAUAGGGGAAGAACAGAGAGAGCGGGAACGUGAACGGUUAGAAGCCCAACAGAGGGAAUUGGAGGCUGUUGAGAAGAAUGAUGCUGAGAAGGAGAAGAGUACUGACAAGGGAGAACUGAAGGAGACGUGGCGGAAAAGUGAUUCCACUAUGAGUCACCACACCAUUCGUCCUGGCACUACUAUAGGCAAUCGGACACCGCGCCCUGUGUCCGUUGCCGAGUCCCUUCAGUCCAUUUAUACCAUCGUUCCUCCAGUCAACAAGAGACUGAGCGCCCUCAUCACCGAUGCUGAUUACGCUACUCCAGAGGAAGACAUAUCUUGCGAGACCGUCGCGGAAGAUCUUCCACCGCCGAUAAACCCCAUACCCUCCCCGACAUCCUCUAUCAGAGCACAUAAUCGCCGUUCGAUGUCACUAAACCUGGGAUCGAGCUUUGCUAAGGUAUAUAUUCCACCAUCGGCAGCUUCUGCCACAGCAGCGCUAUCCGAGUCGAACCAUUCGCCACGAUCAGUCGAGGACGUCCACCCGCGAUUAUCGCCUUCUGCAUCGCGAGAAACGCCUACGCUCACUAGAGCCGCCGCCAACGGUAUCAUUUCUCCAUCAAGCUUCGGCCUGCAAUCAACCGGAACUCACAUUCGUGGGCGACUGGCAGCCUGGACAGCGACGACGAAUGCUAAUCCAUCACAACGCAGCUUGCCCACCCCUCCUUCCUUCUUCCCUCGUAAUUCCCCUACGCCGCCGCCGCCACCGCCGCCUCCUCCAUCGUCACGGCAACCUACCAUCAGUAUGACCGGUGGCUUUGGUCUCGCGAAGCGCGCUGUGGAAAAGAUUAAUCGUGCUUGGGGUGGCCUGUCUUCUGGUUCGAGUAAUUCCGGUUACUCUUCCUCUUCAUCAAGUACUGGUCCAUCGUCAUAUUCUGAUCAUAACUUGGCGCGUAUUGCAUCGAAUCAAUCCGGGAUUAUGUCCAACCACCACGGGAGGAAAUCCCGGAGAACACUUGACGCACCUUCCGGGGCAUGGAGUAUCAAUUCAUCAACAACAGGCUCCUCUUUGUCCGAUUCUGAUGCUUUCACGGCGCCGGCUGGUCCGUUGCUUGGCCAGAAAGUUCGUGGGCCUAUGCGUACGAAAAGUACAGGUGCUGGAGCUGCCGGUGGUAUUGUUUUCGGCAGAAAUUUGCGAGCUGCGACGAGGGACACAGCCAUUGGUGUUGGUGUGUCAUUCAGCGCUACGGACUUGGAAUCGGUGAAGGGUGACGUGCGCUCGGGAGACGUGGAUAAGAACCAUCUAGAACCGCUCGAGGGUCGAAUGGUUCCGGCAGUUGUAGUACGGUGCGCACAGCAUCUAUUGCUCUGGGGCAUACAAGAGGAGGGACUCUUUCGUGUCCCCGGGCGAGCAUUGCAUAUCGCGAAGUUGCGUGCUGAGUUUGAUACAGGGGCCGAUUUCGAUAUGACGGAGUGUUCUCCUGCGGAAUUGGAUCCUCAUGCCGUCGCGUCCGUCUUCAAAGCGUUUCUACGUGAAUUACCCGAGCCAAUUCUGACCUACUCGCUGCUUCCGCAAUUUGAAGCCGCUAUAAGUCAAGAAUGCGUUUCGAAUGUUCAAGAAGCUACGGGACGUUUGGGUGGGAAAGGCGGUCCAACUCUACCAUCGGGUCCUCGAAGUGGGCUUGCACUGCGCAAACCUCCCUCGCUGUCUACGCUUGCAAUGCCAAGCUUCAGUGGCAUGCAGCCGCCCUCCCGUUCUGUCACAAAUACUCUCAAGUCGUUGUUAUCGAAGCUUCCUUACGAGAACAAAGAUCUCAUUCGUACUGUCAUCGAACUCAUCAAGGCGACGGCCCAGGAGAGCAAAUCGACAAAGAUGCCCAUCAGCAACUUGCUUCUUGUGUUUUGCCCCAGUCUGAGCAUGAACCCCCCACUGCUUAAGGUUCUUUGUGAAGCCGAGGACCUGUGGGAAGGUCCUCUUCUGGAGUCACCUGUCAUUGAUAUCAAACGUGAGAGCGUUGUGCUGGACAUUAGUGCGUCUGAUUCCGCAAACGACACCAUUGCACUUGAACUCGAUGCGGAGGACUCAGAUGAAGAAUACUCUGAUGCACCCGAUGGGUCGGAGAUGAAGACGUCCCCUCCUCCUUCUCCAGACAAACUCGACCAGGUCGUGGGAAGUCCCUGUUCUUCCACAGAUGGUAAAACCCCUACCGCUAUCAGGUUGAGACCAAUGGGGCCGAGGCAGCAUGUCCUAGCUGGUGUCUUCAGUGGAACAGAAUACUCGUCUCGCCUGAGACCCGUUUCUCCACGCUCUACGGGUGCGUCGUCUGAUUCUAGGUCUGUAAUGUCCUAUGGGUCGACCUCCAACGAGAGUCACUCGCCGUCGCAUCCCAACCUGUCUCCUCCGCCCUUGUCCUCGUCCGCAGAAUCGCUGGCUACACCGUCAAGUUCGUCGGCCCCGCAAUCAUUGACUGAUCUUCCAACUGGUCUUCCGGUUCGGACCGACCCUUAUGCUAAGGAAGAAGAGAUCAUGGCUCCCGUUAUUUCAGACUGUUCGGACUUGGGUCUACCAAAGUCUCCGCUGUCUAUCAUUAACCGUCGCAUCAGUGGUCCUGUUCAAUUUCCAGGUUCUGGUGGUAGUGAGCCUUCAAGUCCGCUUUCACCUCGAAGAUCAGUACCUCUGCCAUCUCUUCCUAGCCCUACCUCUUCUCCUACUAAUUCCCUUCCUGGUACUCCUCGACGACAUGGGAUGAAGAGGCCUUCAUUAAAUCUCCUUUUCUCUAAGCGUUCUGCGUCUCCGUUGUCGUCUUCUCCUAUAGGGAGGCCUUACAUUUCUUCUCCGUAUCUACAAAAUCCGUCACCUGUAUCUGAUUCGUCUAUUUCCACGCCAACCUCCGCCGUUACUGCACCACAAUCUAGCACGCAGCUGCUUCCGCAUGUCAUUGAUACCGCUAUUGAGAGCCCAACGCUCCGGCGUGAUCUUGGACUAGAGGAGUCACCUUCCAUUCGGUCACCAGAACCUCCAGACUCGCCUGGCGGUAGCACACGCGAGGAAGCUGCUGGCACCUUGUUGGAUGACGUCCAGCUGCUCACAGUCCAUCCGGGCAUAACACCCAUCGCUGAUCAUUACCGUUCGUUGUCGAGCGCCUCCCUACCAUUAUCGUCGCCAGACCAACGGCCAUCACACCUUCGGCAAAGACGCACAUUAAGAAAUCGGUCUGCAUCCAAGGCAUCCUAUUUAUCGAACGCAUCCUCCAAUCAUUUAGGAUUGCUAGAUGAUGAAGACAAGGAAGAUUGGACACAGAGUGUCCUCAUGGCAGCUGAUGCUGACGGUGGAUGGACUGUAACCGCGCCUUCAUCACAACGAUAACGGGCGUGUGAGAACUCCGUCAUAUGUUUCGUUUCCAGUAUUUGUGGAUUCUACGAUAGUAGAUUUAUACGUUCAGUUCAAAACCCAACGCACGACCUCUGCUUGUCCUUUAUUCAUCCCUCUUUCGAUAACAGCUGCUACCCCAUACGCCCAGCAUAUGCUUUGUGACUGUGACGCAUACUCUAUAUAUUACUUACUAUACCAUCGGCAACGGACCAGAGAUUCUUCUUAUAUUAUGCAUCCUAGUUCAUUCGCUUGCCAUCACACCUUGCAUUUUGUACGCUUUUUAUCACAAUCAAU